UUUAGGUCUAAAAUUCACCAAUUCUUUUUAAGGUUUAAAUUAAAAUUGAUUUACUUACUUCUAUUGGAAAAUAUCGUUUUUCAACGUAUAACAGUGUUUUGUUAAACCAUUUUUUAUAUCGAAAAUUUUCGUUGCCUCAGACGUAUCUGUAGGUAGUAAGUUUGGAAAUUUUUAUUCAAAAGUAAACAUGGCUACUAUACACAUCCAGAGCGGGAAAAAUAAUUUAGAUACCAAUGCCAGUGAUAGUAAAGUACAAAGUGUACCAUUUACAAUACACGCAGACUGUGAUGCUCAAGUAAAAAAGUAUUUUGAAACCAAUGUUAAAACCAAAGAGGAUGGAACACUCCAAGGUUCAUUCAGGGGAUAUCCACUGAGAGGUGAAAAAAUUAAUUUACCAGAUGGAUAUGUUGGUGUUGUCUUGCAUGAAAGUAUUCGGCCUGCCACUGAGAAAGAGGAAAGGAAGUUUUAUGUUGUAAAUAAUUUUAAGUCCAUUACACAUUGGAAUUGGGACAAAAUUCCCAGCAAAAAUGAUGCUAUUAGGCAAGCACUAGAUUGGCUUGAGAUUGCAGAAGUACUACAUAGUCCACUGGUUGAAGAAUGAUUAGAUAAAUUAAAUCUCCAUGAAUCAAAAAUUGUGCCUUUUUGUUUAGUAAUUAGUUAAUUUAAAACAAUAUAAUACUUUUAAAUUUUAAUUGAUUAAUACCAUAAAUAUUUGUUUAGAUGUAUCAUAUUCAUUUGACUUAACUACAAAGAUUUUAAUUAAUAUUCCUAAAAAUCUGUAUAUAUAAAUAAUAUAAUGUUAUGUAUACUACAAUAUGUAUUCCACCCUGAAAAUGUUUGAAAAUAAGUUAAGUUUUUAAGUUA